CCUGUCAUUCCCAUCCCAAUUACCGUUAAUUCCUCCUCACUGUAUAAAGCGCUUCCCACUUUGCUUGACUCGACACUGUACUCUCUCCGCCUUCCGUUGUCGUCGUCGUCCUCCUCCUCCUCCUCCUCCUCCUCCAUUUCUUCGAGGGAGAGAGAGAGAGCGCGGGGAAAUGGGAGCUUACUGCAAUGAAGACCUCUGCCUCCCGCUGCACAGCUUCGCCUCUCCGCAGCAGGAUCUCCGCCUCUCCAAGCACGUCCACGACAACGUACACGGCAACAUCUACCUCGAUCCUCUCUCUUUGAAGUUUAUUGAUACCGAGCAGUUUCAGAGGCUUCGUGACUUGAAGCAACUCGGGGUGACAAACAUGGUGUAUCCUGGGGCUGUUCAUUCUCGGUUUGAACAUUCUCUUGGCGUGUACUGGCUUGCUGGUGAAGCUAUUCAAAAGCUUAAAAAUUAUCAAGGCAUGGAGCUCGGAAUUGAUCGGUUUGACAUCCAGACUGUUAAAAUUGCAGGACUUCUUCAUGAUGUUGGCCAUGGACCUUUUAGUCACUUAUUUGAAAGGGAAUUUCUUCCGCUGGUUAUGAGUGGCUCCAAAUGGUCUCAUGAGGACAUGUCCGUGAAGAUGGUUGACCAUAUUGUGGAUGAACAUCACAUUGAAAUUGACCCUGAAAUGCUUAAGAGAGUUAAGGAGAUGAUUGUUGCCAGCACCACACAUGCACUGCCCAAAGGAAUGAAGGAGAAACUCUUUCUAUAUGACAUUGUUGCAAAUGGUCGAAAUGGUAUUGAUGUGGACAAGUUCGAUUACAUUGUACGAGACUGUCGUGCAUGUGGUUUGGGAUGCAAUUUCCAGUUUCAAAGGUUAAUGGAGACAAUGCGGGUUAUGGGUGAUGAGAUCUGCUAUCGCACGAAGGACUAUCUUACUAUUCACAAGAUGUUUGCCACUCGUGCUGACCUGUAUCGAACAGUAUAUACACACCCAAAAGUGAAGGCUAUAGAGCUGAUGAUAGUAGAUGCCUUGGUGAAAGCAAAUGAUUAUCUGCAAAUAUCUUCGUACAUUCAUGACCCUCGUGAAUACUGGAAGUUAGAUGACACAAUAAUCAAAACCAUUGAGACAGCUCCAGACCAAUCGCUCAGUGAAUCUAGGGAUUUGAUCCUACGGAUCCGCAGAAGGGAGUUGUACCAGUUCUGUAAUGAGUAUGCUGUUCCAAAGGAUAAAAUAGAGCACUUCAAAAAAGUCACUGCCCAUGACAUUGUUUGUUCUCAGAAAAAUGCUGGAGUAGCUCUCAAAGAGGAUGAUGUUGCUGUCAGCAAUGUUAAAAUCGAUUUGACCCGAGGAAAGCACAAUCCUCUUGAAAGCAUCAACUUCUUCAAGGACUACGAGAGUGACGAGAAAUUCACCAUUCCUGAUGACCGAAUAAGCCACCUGCUCCCGACAUCUUACCAAGACAUGAUUGUGAGAGUUUACUCCAAAAAGCCCGAACUGGUGGGUGUAAUUGCCGAGGCCUUUGAGAACUUUCAGUUGAAGACUUAUGGAAUCAAAGCGCAGGUGCAUGCAACACCAGAGAAGAAGAAGCGGCGAUUAUGAUCCCCUCAUCGUGGAGGUUUGCAGUUCUUCUAGGUCUCCAUCUGCAUCGAUAUACACAGUAAAUUCAAAUCCGAAAGUAGUCUCAUAUAUGCCACAUACGCUUAUGGAUUUUGCAAUACGGGGAAGUGUCUACAGUAGAUUUUGUAUAGUUCAUUUGACGCAUGCAUGGUGCAACAUUUUACUAUAGAAGCUAGGACACUCGAGAGUACGCACCGUAAAAUUUGAGUCAUUCAUCCGGCUCGAGUUUCAUAUCAAUACAUAUAUAUGAGCUAAUAAUUGUGGAAAGUCAUUUUGAUGAAAUCGAAACGCCCCCACUGUUUCUUUGAC